AUUUGGUACAGUUCAUCCCAUUCAUGCGAAGAUUCGAAGCUCCGGUGCCAUGGUGCAGAUUUUCAAGGCUCGCGAGGCUUAUCUCGUCUGCAAAGGUCUGUGCUUGCUCAACAUGGCGGGCAGAACUUGGAUGAGCUUCGCUGGCUCACGAUUCCACGCAGUGGUCAACACAUGAGUGGGCUCCAGGUCAAAGCGGUUGAGCAUGAUGGCGAGACUUGUUUGGAGGUGGUGGGCUUCGCUUCGAGCGGUACAAUCAUCGAAUUUAACAUGACUGCGUUGACCGACGACCGAGUGAGACAAGGGGAUAUCGUCAAGGUGGUGAAUGGAAAGACAGGCUUUGACGCGGUACACUUCUUGAACAGCCUCUACGACAUCAACGAGCGGAAAUGUCCAAAUUUGAAGAUGCAGCUCCUGAGGUUUAUUGCUCCCAAGAAGCCAAAACUGAAGAUCGAUCCCCCCAGCUGCUGCACCGAAGUGAGACCCCUACUACAAGAUUUGGUAGGUUCAUUGACCACGUUUGGUCGGAAGCUCGUCCAAUUUCGAGGUGCCGGUGCUGCACCAUCGGAUCCAUUUUGGGAUAUUCCUCGAACACCAGUGGCGAGCCACCAAGAGUUCAACCUCUCUGAAACCUCGAAAAGCAUCCUCGGCACCAUUCUGAAGUGCAGCGUAUUGGGAAUGCCCUUGCUGAUUGAAGGAGAGGCAUCCGCAGGUAAGACAGUAGCUGUGGAGUAUGCCGCACACAUCAUGCAAAAGGAGCUGUUGAAGUUUCCAGUCUCUCCCAGCACCUCGAUUGAUGACAUCAUUGGAAGCGUCUCCUUCUCGGAAGGUACUGGAACUAUGCAGUUCAAGCCAGGAGUCCUCCCACAAGCCAUGUCAAGAGGCUAUUGGCUUCUUCUUGAUGAGGCCAACUUGGCGCCACCCUCAGUGCUAAGCGUCCUGGAGGAAGUCUUCAACACGGGCCAGCUAGAAAUCCCAGCGAAUCUUGUGAGCGCCGACGCAAGGCUCAAGCAUCAGAUCAAUGCCAGAGGAACUUUGGUGGUGACCAAACAUCCAGCGUUCUGUAUUUUUGCGACACAAAACCCACCGAGAGCAUCUCAGUAUCGUGCAACAAGGCCGGUGAGCUUGGAAACGGCAACAAGAAACGUCUUUGGCAGGAUCAGAGCAAGUUUUCUUUUUUGCAGAAGAAUUAAUAGUAACUAUAUAGUUGUAACUCAUUUCCAGCCUAUACAGCACGAGCUUGGCCAACUCACUGCGAGCUUGUUUUUGUGA